AUGCCCUAUACUCCUAUAAAUAAGUGUUUGAGAGCCACUGUGGACAUAAGAUUACAACACCGGUAUACAAACAUCGCAACGGAACUAUCGCGCACAACACAUUUCAAUAAAAUAGAAGUGCUCCGACUGUUACAAAUGCAUUACAUGCUAACAAAAGACAACACGAAACCUAUGGAUAAGUUAAAUUUCAUACAUUUCAUGGACGUUUUUUUAGGAGUGAGAAACGUAGAGUCCGUAGAUAAAGUAUAUCUGCUUUGUGCCGAAACGAACAAGGAAUACUUGACUGGUCCCGAGUUCGUCAAAGUAUUGUCGUUGUUGUUGAAAGGAACCCUACCCGACUUGAUUAACUUUUGCUUCGAAGUCUACACGGAGAUGAUCAGGUCACCGAAAUAUAUUAAAAAAGAGGACGUUUUACUGAUGUCCAGAAGAAACAGCAUGAAAAUGUGUAAAUUAGUCAAUAUGGAGGAGUACGAUCAAAGUUUCGUCGAUUUCGUCAUGACCGAAGUCGACAAGGAUCGUGAUAAUAGAAUAUCGCUGGAAGACUACCGUAAAUCUGUACACGAAAAUGUCGCUUGGUUACAGUUCUUGGGGCAAAUUAUUCCGUCAAGCAACCAAAAAGAGAUAUUUAUGCGAUUAUUUACGGAUCGACCGCACGUCAAUAGUAUAAAAUCUACAGCUGCAGAAAUGACGCGAAAAAAUAGGGAGAGUGUAGCUAGAAUGACCUUGCUGAAAUCGACAUUUAGUCAAAAUGAAAACACAGCUAGUAGUACGUCAUUUUCUAGCGAUUCUACUGGUUUGGUAGUUGAUCGCAACGACACGGUUCAUGUGACCAAAAAAAAUAAAUCAACAUCAGAUGGAAAUUAUUUAACAUUAUUUUAA